ACGUACGAUCUUCGGCGGUGACGUCGCAACAGGAUGGGGCGGGCAGCGCGAACUGGCGCGGGGAGAUUCGAUCCCUGACCGCGGUCCUGACUGCUGGAAGUAACCCGUAAACUCACCUCAACCAGACCCGUUUGAUUUGUGUAUUUGCCGUGGAGUCAUGUUGUUCCUUUGUGUGGUCCUCCGGAGCGGGGUCGGCGGCUGUUAAACCUUCACCUCCAUACAGAUGGAGGCCAUGGAGGUGGACUCCCCCGGGGAGCUGCAGGGAGGAGGUGGCAGACAGCGAGAGAUUGCUGCAGCGGCCGCGGACGCCAACGCUCCGCACGUCAUCUCGGACUCCGGCAGCAGCACCGAGGUGGACGAGGACGAGGACGACGACAACGAGAGAGGGCAGACGGCGGCUCGUGCGCCGCCCAGGCUUCCUGCCACCUGGGCGUUCAGUCAGAGAGCGGUGAGCGGCUCCGCGGCUUCGCCUUCAGCCGCUCAUGGCACACCAAUGCGGAGGAGGAUCAGGCAGGGCCUCCGGGUGCACUACCCCAGCCAGACCGCGGCGCCCUCCAGAGGCUUUCCCGACUUCCUGCUCCGAGCGCCGGCCGCCAGCGUAGCUCAGCCAGAGUCCGGCAGCACCACCGAGGUCAGCGAGUCUGACGAGGAGGAGGAAGAGGAGGGGGGCAACCGAGAAGCCACCGCUGCUGCUCCGGAGCCCGUCGUCCCGGCGCCGCCUGCUAGUCCUCGCCGCAACGCCGCCGUCCAACACGCACAACCACAGGAAGCUGGUCCAACCAACUCCGGUUCAGCUGCAGACGGCGAGAGGACAGAAACGUCCAAUCAGAACGUCCAGCCGGUCCCUGCGGCCUCGGCUUCUGCCAAGCCGCCGCAGGCCGAAGAGGGCGAGGGCGAUAUCUGCUCCAUCUGCUUCGAGGCGUGGACGACGGCGGGCGAGCACCGGCUGUCCGCUCUGCGCUGCGGACACCUCUUCGGCUUCACCUGCAUCCAGCGCUGGCUGAAAGCUCAGGGCCCGGCCGCCAAGUGUCCACAGUGCAACAAGAAAGCGAAGCGUUCCGACAUCGUUCUGCUGUACGCUCCGAAGCUGAGAGCGCUCGACAACUCCGAGCAGGAGAGCUUAAAGAAGUCUCUGGAGCAGGAACAGUCUCUGAGGAGAAAGGCUGAACUGGAAUCAGCUCAGUACAAACUGAAGCUGCAGGUUGUCACCAACAAAUACGGACAAGCACAACAAGAGCUGCAGGAGCUGAGGGCUCUGAUGGCUCAGGCUGGCAGAAGCUCAGUCCCGUCCUCAUCCUCCUCCUCUUCCUCCUUUGCGUCCGCCUCGCUCCUCCUCGGCCUGUCCCAGAGGGCGGACGGCUCCAGGAUGGCCCAGUACAGUUUCUCCAAGGCGGUGCUGGUGUCCCAGGCUGGGAGCUGCAGGGUUUUAUCCUACUGUGAACCUCUGAGCUGCCUGCUGGCCUCGCAGCCGUCCCCACACUCCACUCUGGUGCCCGGUUGUGGGGUCAAGAAGGUGAGCGUGGUCAACAUGAAGGCGAGUCAGUACGUUCCCAUCCACAGUAAACAGAUCCGAGGUCUGUCCUUCAACAGACAGAACGACAGUCUGCUGCUGUCGGCCGCUCUGGACAACACCAUCAAACUCACCAGUCUGCUGACCAACACUGUGGUUCAGACCUAUAACGCCGGUAAACCCGUGUGGAGCUGCUGCUGGUGUUUAGACAACAGCAACUACGUCUACGCGGGUCUGAGCAAUGGCUCGGUGCUCGUCUACGACACCAGAGACACCAGCACGCACGUCCAGGAGCUGCAGCCGCUCCGCUCCAGGUGUCCGGUGGCGUCUCUGUGCUACGUCCCGCGGGCGGCGUCCAGCUCCUUCCCUUGUGGCGGUCUGAUCGCCGGCUCCCUGGAGGGCGGCUGUUUCUGGGAGCAGGUCAACGAGACCACGUACAGGCCGCACGUCCUGCCGCUGGAGAGCGCCGGCUGCACCGACAUCCAGGUGGAGACGGAGAGCCGACACUGUCUGGUCACCUACAGGCCAGGCCGCUCCAACCCGUCCCUGCGCUGCGUCCUGAUGGCGUUGAACAGGACGCCUCAGCAGGACUCCAGUCAGCUGCCCAGCUGCUCCUGCGCUCCGGUGCAGACGUUCAGCGCCGGCUCGUCCUGCAAACUGCUCACCAAGAACGCCGUUUUCAAGAGACCGGACGGAGGCGGGACGCUGGUCUGCGCCGGGGACGAGGCCUCCAACUCCACUAUGGUGUGGGACGCCGGCAGCGGCUCUCUGCUCCAGAAGCUUCCGGCCGACCUCCCGGUGUUGGACAUCAGCCCGUUCUCGGUGAACGGCGAGCACUUCCUGGCCUCGCUCACCGAGAAGAUGCUGAAGCUCUACAGGUGGGAGUGAACUGGACGGACUUCACAAACUUAGGAAAUACAACUAAAAAAAAAACAAACACACAAACUCAGUCCCAGAGGAGAUGACUCAGUCCGUGUGCAACUGUGGAAAAAUCUAAAAGCUGCUCAACUUUUCAGUUUACAUACGCAAAAAAAAAAACCCGGAUCGCCCCUAGGAAACAUUUAUGGUUUAUUCUUCUUUAACAAAAAAAAGCAUCUACGUUACUGAACAUUUGGUGACCGUUGGCCCGCACAGAAAACAAAAUGAAGCUGGCGGUGUGUGAUAACUGGACGUUUCUCCCUUAAAGCCGGAAGAUUGUGUUUACAUGAGUCACAUUACAAACAUAUACGAGUCCUUUUCGUGUUCGGAUCUUCUCGUUCUGGUGGUUUUCUCUCCUGUGUUUUUAGUCUGACGGAAGUGUGUGUGUGUGUGUGUGUGUGUGUGUGUGUGUGUGUGUGUGUGUGUGUGUGUGUGUGUGUGUGUGUGUGUGUGUGUGUGUGUGUGUGUGUGUGUGUGUGUGUGUGUGUGUCUCUUCAACUGCAAAUCAUGCAUACUUUAUUUUCAUGACCAUUUUCAGGCUGUUUGGAUUCAUCAUGUAUUUUUCCUACAUUCUCACGCAGCCAUUUACUCCCAUUCAUCAUUUCUGUAUAGUAUGAAAAUCAAUCCAUCGCCGUCAACAUCGAGUCAGAGUUGCAACUAACCUUUUAUCAUUUAUCCUGUUGAUUGUCUUCUCCUAUUAUCUGACGAAUUGUUUGGUCUGUAAAAUGUGAGAACAUCGUGAAAAAUAGCCAACAUGACGUCUUCACAUUGCUUGCUUGUAUGACCAACAGUCGAAAACCAGAAGAUAUUCAGUUUAACACAAAAUAAAACACAAAAGAUAUUCAGUUUAACACAAAAAAAACCCCCAGAAGAUAUUCACUUUGUGAACACACAAUACAACAAAACAAAGUUGUCACAUUUCAGGAGCUCGGAUCAUCAAACAUUUCUCUUUUUGCUUCAAAAAUGUGAUUGAAAUGAUGGAUCGAUUAUCAAAAUAGUUGUUUAAUUCAUCUCUAAUCAAGUCUGCAUUUCUUUUUGUAACUUCUACAUUGUUUUGUGGUAAUGCAGCAAGCACAGAUUAAUUGGAGCCUGACUAAUAUAUUGGCAGUACUGAUAUUAUCGGACGAUUGUUAUAUAAUCGCACAUCAUCAGCGUAUAUAAGUCGUUGAAGAGAAAUGACAAAUGUUUGUCAUUUAGAAAAAGGAUCUCCUUUAAAUAGUUUGUCCACCAGGGAGCACUGUCACUGCAGAAUCUGCAAAGUAUUCAGUACAAUUCCUAGUAAAAUAGGAUUUUUUGUUAUUAAUCACAUUUAAGAGAUGGUCUUUGGCUUUAAAAGAAUCCCGUAUAGAGAGGCGAAGUCCCUCCCCUUCCGGGGGAUCGCCACGGGACCUUAAUUCGAAAAAAAAUAUGAACGGUAGUGAACGGGGAAAGACAAUUUACUUUGUGAUCCCGUUAGAAUUGAGCCAUGGAUUACACAUAUCCUUUUAGUCAAUUUAAAAGCUAUUUUUUCAAGAAAAUUAUCUUUUAAACCGAUAAACAUCAUAUGUGUAAGCCAUGGUUCAAUUCAGACGGGAUCAAAAAAUAAUUUCUUUCACCAUCAUGUAUAUUUAUUUUUUCACGAAUUAAGGUCCCGUGGCGGUCCACUGGAAGGGAAGGGACUUCGGCUCUCUAUUGGUUUUUGUCUCCCAUUGAAACGUUAACGUAACCACAUUUUCAAACUGUACAGAAAUGAAAAAGAAACGUAAAGACUGCUUGGAGAAAGUAGGAAAAAAAAGCGCCGACAUUUCUAAACCCCGGCAGCGUCGUUUGCGGUGACGUAAAGGACGGAUGAUUUGUAGUGAGAGCGAAUUCACGCCCUCUGAAGUAAGUGGUUCCUCAGAUUAAAGGAGCAUUACCACUGGUUUAACUACAGCUGGUUUGUGUUGUACAUCACUGCUGAUCCUUUUCCAAAUCAUAUCAGUUUUUACGUUGUUUUCCAACCCACUUUAUUUGACUUUUGAAGGACUCUAACAGACGGUUGAUUACAGCAAAGCGUCGCUAUGCUUCUUGGUUGUUUUGGUGAAAGUUUGCCUGGGCAGGAAGUUCGUUAAAAACAUUCAGAGUUCAGGGUUGUCCCCCAGAAAGUUGCUUAGCCAGGUGGCAAGUAUCUUUUUCGACGGGGGCCAGUCGCAGCCUGACGGCAGCAUUACUGUAGGGCCCUAAAGUUUCUGUGAUCACAGAAUCGUUGAAGGAAUCACGAAAAUGAGAAUUUUAAAACCCUAGAAGACAGAUUCCAUAGGGCCAUACAUUAAGUCAGUGCUAAAUGCUAACUGGAGAUUUUUAAAUAUGACGUUAAUGUUUUAUAUAUGUAUGUAUGUAUGUACGUAUGUAAACCAAAUCCCCCUAAAUGAUUCCAAUAAAACAAUUCCGAUGAAAAUCGUAAUUUUUAUAUAUAUAUAUAUAUAUAUAAAUAAAUAAAUAAAUAAAUAAAUAAAUAAAUAAAUUUAAAAAAAAAAAUCAUUUAGGGGGAUUUUCGUUCUCGAUGCCCAAUCCUAGUCAACGCCAAUAGUGACGCCAAUAUUCCCGACCCAGCGCGUUUAGAUCUGACGCUAAAGGAGUCUUUUAGCGUCAGUAAAAAAAACCGCCAAAGGCACCUGACCAACGGUCCGUAUUUUGCGAGAUGGGAGCGAGGAUGUGUUGCGCCUUUCUGCCGCUUGUUAAACGGAGAGUCUGGGAUGUCGGAGGAUCCUUGAAUCCACCGUGACCGAGAGGUUAAAAAGUUAGAGGUUAGCGAGUCGGUUUUGCGUCGACUCGCGGACAGUACACCACUUCGACAAAGAUGACGAAGACGACUAAAUGUUGACCACGCUGAGACGAACUGAACUCCGUGAAGUCAAUGUGAGAAACUGACGUGAUGUAGAGAUCGGUCAACAGAUGUGUGAAGCGUUCAUGGUUUGUAGUUAACGGGACCAAACGUGAGACUCCACCGGUAGAUUCUUCUAGAAGUAACGCCCAGGCCUGUGAAAGAUGUCUCAGACUUCAGACUUUUCUUCAGCUCAAUGACUACGUUUACAUGCACAUAAUAUUCAGUUUUUUUUUGCUCUUAUUCUGAAAAAAAGACGAUAUUCUGCCUAAGCUGUUUACACGGUUUAUGAAAGAGAAUAUUCCACUUACAUUCCCGUUUACAUGCAGCCGUGCAAAAUAGGAUUUUUCCAAAGUUUUCCAGCGGUGGCGGACUUGUUGGAGCGUGCGAACACAGCUUCCCUCUUUCAUUCCUUCAACCAGCUUCUUUUAAACAUCGGCGUUGUGAUAUUUCCUCAUUUCCAAAAAAACGGUUGAUAUCCAAGUCUUAGAUAAUGUUUAAAAAGUAGCUGUAGUGUUUCUCCUUCUUUUCUUUUGGCCGUGCAUCUCUACCGCGGCCCUGCAAACUGUCGGCUGGUUGGUUUGUGUACAGCAACCGUAGCAACGCACAGAGCUGACCGAACACUGUAAACUGUCACAAACUGUUGUAAAAACCCUGAUUGAGACGCAGAUUCUAAAUCAAAUGUAAAAGAUGUCCAUAUUCUGAAUAAUAGUGGCGUAUUAGUAUGCGUGUAAACGUGGUCAGUGAGAAUGCAGGAAAACGGGAAAACCCACUUUUAUUUUCUACAUUUCCCUCACACAGUCCGUUGCCACGGUUUCCACCGCGGUUUGUCACCAUCUGUCCAGUUUUGGAUUGUUUUUAACUUCCCUCUGAACCCAAACAUUAAGUGCCAAAGGACUCAGCUGUUGUAAAUGUUUACUUUCCUCUUGUUUUUCUUUCUAAAAGGAAGUUGUAUAUAUGUAUAUUUGCUACCAACUGUUUGUGUACAACUUCAAAGUUAAUAAAAACGUGAGUUAUUUUUAAUUAAA